AUGCAGAAUGUAAGUCCUAAGCUAAAGCUCUUCCUCUGGAAGAUCGCAAACCAAGCGAUACCGGUGGGAGAAAGGCUGCUGAUCAGACAUGUCCCGGUAGAUCCUUUAUGCAAAAGAUGUGGUGAAGUCGAAACCAUUUCUCACCUCUUCUUUCAGUGUUCGUUCUCCCAACAAGUGUGGAGAUCAUCUCCAUUCUUGUGCAAUACGGAAACAGAGUUAUGGGACGACUACAAACAAGCUUGGGAGAUAAUAAAAAAGAUGAUAUGCCUCCCACCGACUGGUAUAGCGUUGGGACCCUUGGCCCCUUGGAUAUGCAGGAACAAGCUAGUCUUCAACGACAAGAUUGUCACAACAGAAGAAGCUCUUACCUCAGCCAUCAUAAUGGAAAGAGAAUGGACUAAUGCUCAACAAACCUCACCCCCUCCAACUAGAAGAAAGCCUUUACGUAGUCGUAGACCUGAGCCCGACACCAUCAUUUGCCAAUCCGAUGUUGCGUGGAACGCGGAAACAAAAACAGCUGGUUUGGGAUGGACCAUAAAACAGCAAGGAGCCGGACUGUUGGAGCAGAGUAAAAUAGAGACACACAUGCUCCCACCUCAUGGCUGA